GAAACACAGAUCACUGAUACUGUAAAUUGGAGGCAGGAGGAAUCAGAGAGUAACUGGCAGUCCCUGCUGCUCAAUUGGUUUCUGAUUCCCUGAUUUAGCAGGGAUCGUCUGCUUGCUCAGGCUUGGAUCCAGUCCCUUGCUUAGCCUUGCCAGUCCACCGUCGCAGCUAAAGGUGUCCAGUUUCUUUUCUUUCUUGAGCGACGGAUUAGCUCGUGAGGUUAGCAAGAAGAGAAAAUGGAGUGCCUACGUGGCACAUUAGCGAGCUCCUCGGUGCAACCAGUUGCGCUGCAGGGUCUGCGAUCGAGCGUGGAUUCCUCCAGGCUCUCUACUCUCGGGCUGUCCAGUCAGCUUCCCAACCCUCUCAGGGCUCAUUACGCCUCCUAUUCUCGCAGCUUGUUGAAUAAGCAGUUUCCUAGUUCUUCAAUUGAGACCACCGCGGUUAGAGUCACUGCAGCUGUGGCUGCAGGAAGUAAGGUGAAAGUGCGUUUUAAUCUCCCGAUUCAGGUGAAAUUCGGCGAGAGCAUUGCGGUUGUCGGAUCUGCCGAUUGGCUCGGGUCCUGGUCGGAUCCGAAAGCUCUCGAUUGGAGCGAAGCCGGCUGGAGCGUUACCCUUGACGCGCCUGCAGGUCAAGAGGUGGAGUUCAAAUUUGUGAUUGUAAAGAACGGGAAAGCCGCGGUAUGGGAGGAUGGCCCUAACAGGAAGGUGACUGUUCCGGGGGUUGACCCUCGCGGUAAAGAAUUUAACGCCGACGUCGACUGGAAUAAAACCACUGCAACUUUGUCAUGGGAGGUCACUAAGGAGGAUAGCGAGGAAUCUUUUAACGGAGCUCCUGUCGGCGACAGCGGGUCUGACAGCGAGGGGGAGCUAUCGUCCGCGGAAGACGGGGGGGAGCUGGAGGAGAGCGCGUUUGCGCAGAAGUGGGCGGGGAGGGGCGUGGAGUUUAUGCGGAGCAACGCACACAAGAGCGAGCGGCGGGGACGGUGGGACACGACGGGCCUGGACGGACCGGCGAAGAAGCUGGUUGAAGCUGACAAGGGCGCGGGGAACUGGUGGCGGAAGCUCGAGACCGUGGAGCAACUCCUGUUGCCGGUGGAACGGAGUCAGCGCCUCGAUGCCAUGAUCUACGCGUCCAUCUACCUGCAGUGGAUCAACACUGGCCAGAUCCCGUGCGUGGAGGACGGCGGCCACAGGCGGCCCAAUCGCCACGCGGAGAUUUCUCGCCGCAUCUUCCGCUGGCUGGAGAAGGAAGGCACCCGCGGCUCCGCGCUCUCCUCUGAGGAGAUCGUGGUGAUGCGCAAGAUCCAUCCGCGCCUGCCUGCAUUCUCUGCUGACUUCACGGCGUCUGUGCCGCUCACGCGCAUCCGGGACAUUGCCCACCGCAACGACAUCCCACACAACCUCAAGCAAGAGAUCAAGCACACGAUUCAGAACAAGCUGCACCGCAACGCCGGGCCAGAGGACCUGGUGGCCACGGAGCUGCUGCUGCGGCGGGUGACACGCACCCCGGGGGAGUACAGCGAGGCGUUCGUGCAGCAGCUGAAGCUGUUCUACGCCGAGCUCAAGGACUUCUUCAACGCCAGCAGCCUGACGGAGCUGCUGGAGAGCAUCCGCCCCUCUCUGGACGACACGGGCACUGCCAUGCUCGAGAACUUCCUCGCAUGCAAGCAGAAUGUUGAUGCACUGCCAUCCUCUGCACUGGGGAUUGAUCAAGGGGCAUAUGGGGGAGCAGAAGCAGGGUCUUCUCAGCCGCAAUCAUUGCAGGGGGCGCCGUCCGGGCGGCCGACUGACGUGCUGAUGUCAGCGCUGCACUCGCUGACGGGGCUGCGGGCCGUGCUGCUGUACUCUUUAGAGAGUGGGUUGAGGAACGACGCUCCUGAUGACUCGAUUGCCAUGAGGCAGAAGUGGCGUUUGUCUGAGAUUUGCCUCGAGGAGUACUUCUUCGUGCUGCUCAGCAGGUUCCUGAACGAGCUGUUUGACGAGGAGGGGGGAGACAGGGCAGCGGAGGGGAUGGCAGGGGAGAUCCGCAUGGGGCAGCUGGGGCACGUGGGCGUGGCGCUGGGAGCAGCGGUGCUGGGGCUGCGACACCUGGGGCUGUCAGGGUGGAACCAGGCGGAGUGCUUCUGCCUCGAAAACGAGCUCGCCUCCUGGCAGGCUGCUGGGAUCGGCGGGAGCACGGGCGUGGCGUCGGAGCACGACCUGCGCUGGUGGGCGUUGCGCCUCAAGGCCUCCCUGGACCGCAUGAGGCGACUCACCGAGGCCUUUACUGAGGCCACGCUCGAGCUCUUCUUCCAGCCUUCGCAGAAGCUUGGCCACGCACUCGGAAUCGAGGAGAACGCUGUGAGGACGUUUGCAGAGGCAGAGAUCCGAUCCAGCGUGGUGUUCCAGCUGGCCAAGCUCACCUCACUGCUGCUGCGAGUCAUGCGGUCCGUGCUGGGGGCCGAGGGAUGGGACGUGCUCGUGCCUGGCACGGCUGUGGGGAAGCUGGUGGAGGUGGAGCGCAUAGACCCUGACCUCCUGGCAACGCUGCAGGGGGAGGAGGGGUUGGUGCUGCUGGUGCAACGCGCAGAGGGGGAUGAGGAGGUGAAAGCAGCAGGCGCCAAUCUGAAAGCUGUUGUGCUGCUGCAGGAGCUGCCGCAUCUUUCCCACCUGGCAGUGAGGGCGCGACAGGAGGGCGUGUUGCUCAUGACAUGCGAGGAUGAGAACCGAGUUGCAGACCUUCGCUCCGCUGUUGGCUCUCGAAUCCGUCUAGAGGCCGGUGUGGAGGGAGUGAAGGUCACAACCGGCUCUGCUGCUGUGGACCAGCACCCCUCUUCCUCCUCCGCUUCCAAGGCUGCUACCACCAGCGGCAGUAGCAGCAGCAGCAGCAGUGGGAAGAGUGAGGACGAGGUUUGGCUGCAGGCGCUGAAACCUCAACCUAUCCGCGUGCAGGAGGCUCGGCUGCCCGUGCUGCCACUCCACGAAGCCCAGCUGGCCACGUGUGGGGCCAAGGCGCAUGCCUGCGCCAAGCUGGAGGGGCUCUCAGUCGCCUCCACAUUCGCAGGUGCUGACUUUUCUGUGCCCCGCUCAGCAGUCAUCACCUUCGGCGUCAUGGACGAGGCCAUCACCGCCUCCAACCGCCGCACGCUCUUCCACCGCCUCGUCGCCUCCCUCGACGACCAGAACCUUCACGGAAACUCCCUCGACGAGGCCUGCACCCAGAUCCGCACGCUUCUAGAGGAGUCCCCCCUCCCCCCGGCCUUCUUCCGAACCCUCUCCUACAUUUUCCCUGCAAAUGCUCGGCUGAUCGUUCGCUCGAGUGCGAAUGUGGAGGAUCUAGCUGGGAUGUCCGGGGCUGGCUUAUAUGACUCCAUUCCGGAUGUGACUCUUUCCGACCCUGCUACGUUCGGCCGAGCCGUAGCCUCAGUGUGGGCGUCACUGUUCACGAGGCGCGCGGUGCUCAGCCGGCGGGCGGCGGGGGUGCGUCAGAGCGACGCGGCUAUGGCGGUGCUGGUGCAGGAGUUAAUCUCCCCGCCAGAUCUAAGCUUUGUGCUGCAUACUAAGGGAAUUGGUGCUGGCGCUGGUGGUGCUCUGGUGGUUCCUAGCCCACGAAUCAGCAGCGGCAAGAGCAGUGGCGGCGGCAGCAGCAACGGCAAUGGAGCAUCAGCAUCCGCAUCUGUAGCGGCUGUCGCUCCUGGUUCUCCCGCCCCUGCGGAUUUCCUCUCAGCUGAGGUGGCACCAGGAUUAGGCGAGACUCUGGCUUCCGGCACACGUGGCACCGCGUGGCGCUUUGCUGUCGGGAAAUCCGAUAGCUCGGUUCGAAUCCUGGCGUUUGCGAAUUUCAGCGAGAAGAUCAUUAUGGCGCCUGCUGCUGCAGGAGUUUCGGCAGGAAGAAAUGCAGGUGCCACAUCAGGAGGAGGGGGAGGAGCAGCAGUGGCAGCGGCAGGUGGUGGGGUUGUGAUGCAGGCGGUGGAUUAUAGUGGUCAGCUGCUGUCUACGUCACCUGACGCCCAGGUGGUGCUUGCGAAGAAGCUUGCUGCUGUUGGGUCGUUUUUGGAGGACCGGUUUGGUACGCCUCAGGAUAUUGAGGGGUGCGUUGUGGGGGACAAGAUCUUUGUGGUGCAGUCACGGCCUCAGCCGUAGGAGGGGAACAGCUCCUGCGGAUGUGGAUUUCCCAAUUGAUCAUUACGUUGGAUUGUACUAUUUCAUUAGGCCUAACAUUCUCAGGUGGGUAGUAGUCGAGUUGUAGAGUAGGCAUGCAGGGUUGUGGAAGGUAUAUGUGGUUGAAUUGAGCUUAGGUUCUAAUUCUUCCUUUUAUUUUACCGCAACCGCUUGUAUUGUAGGCUGGUGAUU